CUCGCCUAUAAUUUCCUGGUUCUCAAACGCAAUGUCACCGGAGGCGGAUGUGAGCGGAUCUCACAGGUGUGUCCCUUGCCAACUGAGCCAUAGCUCGAGAAGAAUCACACCUGGGAUCACCAUGUGAUCCUGUACCUGGGCGUGGAUAAAGUCCUGGACUCUUGUUGAGUUGUCCGUGUCGUCUUGCAGUAAGAAUUGUCAACCAGUGCCCCCUUGUAUUUUCGACUGAACAGUGCCUUUCUCUAACUCUCCGCGCUCUCGGGAAGAUAAAAUGUGAACUUUACAUGCAUUUUGCUUGAGGACUUAUUAUACAUUUUUAGGGGGACUUUGAAAUCUGGACAGCUCCGUGUUAGUUUCAGGCAACUACUGUUCUUCCAAGCACGUAUUUACUGUGGCCACCCUGAAGAGGCCUGAAUGAAAAGGAGAGCGGACGGCGAGGGGAUAUGAUUGUGCACUUCCUGCUCGGCAACUACAGGAAGUAAUUGAGCUCUACAGGAAGGAUGGCGAGCUGGGUCCAGGCUGCUCCUCUCCUCCCCCUGCUCCUCCUGUUCUGCCUGUCUGCAGCCGGGGGCCCGCUGCAGGAGGAGGCGGUCCUGGACUUCCCCUCCAAAACGGCCAUCAACAACGUGGUGCAGGACCCUCGGAGCGGCCGCGUCUACCUGGGCGCCGUCAACACCAUCUACCAGCUGGACGCAGCGCUGCACGAGGAGGCCCGCGCCGAGACGGGCCCCAGGGAGGACGCCCGCACCUGCACCCCGCCCGUCUCGGCCUGCCAGGACACCAAGCCCAGCCCUAACGUCAACAAGCUGCUGCUGGUACACCAGGCCAACGGCUCGCUCAUCGUCUGUGGCUCCCGCUACCGGGGUAUCUGUUCCCUCCUCAACCUGACCAACGUGGAGCAGCAGCUGUACUACAGCGACUCGAAGGGUGAGAGGACCUACGUGGCUAGUAUCGAGGACGGGGUGGCCGUGGUGGGCGUCAUGUCUACGUACGUUAAGGACGGCAACGCCUUCAAUGUGUUCCUGGUGGGGAAGGGCUACGGCAGCCUGGACAGCUCCAAGCUCAUCAGCACGCGCAUCCUCCAGGACUACCGCGACUGGGUGGUGUUCGAGAGCAUCGUCGAGGCGUCCACCGUGCAGGCCACGCCCUUCGUGCCCAAGUACCUGCACGACUUCCGCCACGCCUUCAAGGAGGAGGGCUUUGUCUACUUCCUGUUCUCCAGGACCAUGGGAAGCACCGAUAACAAGAACUUCACCUUCGUGUCUCGGCUGUGUGAGGACGACCCUCACUAUUACUCUUACACAGAGCUGCAGCUCAACUGUGGCCCGGGGAACAGGUACAACAAGGUGCAGGCUGCCUAUGUGGCGUCCCCAGGUAAAGAGCUGGCCCGGGGGAUGACGGAGUUGGGCCAGUAUGGUCAAGUACUCUCCUGGCACAAGGUGUUGUUCAUGGUGGCCAGUCCCUACGAUGACAGCGCUGACUCGGCCCUGUGCAUGUACCCUCUAAAGGCCAUCAACGAGAGGCUGGUGGACCUCAUCAGCGCCUGCUACAGCGACUCGGGCAAGAUCGCUGGCACCCCAGCCGUGGACAUCCCCUACUCCUCCAAAACAGACGAGUUCUGCACCUCCCGCAUUGAUAAAGACACGCUGAACAACUUUAAGUGUGGGGCGGACUUCCUUCCAGCUCCACUGGCCAGUAAGCCAGAGUUUGCCCUGCAGGCAGAGGUGGUCAUCACCAGGACGAGCAUACUGACCGCUGUGGCCGUCGCCGUGGAGAACGACCACACUAUCGCUUUCCUGGGGAACAGCCUGGGAGAGGUGUACAAGGUGCAUCUGACCACCAACCCAGAGGUGUACAGCAGAGGACCAGGGGACACCACGGGGGAACGAGUCAACAAAAACCUCUUCUUCGAUGCCGGCCACAGCCACCUGUAUAUCACCACCGAAAAAAAGUACAGAGCCUCCAUUACCAUCACCAAGGUGCCAGUGCAGGCGUGCCAUCUGAAAACAGACUGCCAGUCCUGUGUGUCCACACGAGACCCCUACUGUGGCUGGUGUGUUCUGGAGGGCAGGUGUACCAGGAGGUCCUCCUGCCGGCGAGCGGAGGAGAAGAACGGCUGGCUGUGGAGCCCCAAGCAGCAGUGUGUGAAGAUCGUGUCCUUCCACCCACCCAACCUCAGCUGCAGAAAGACCCAGCAGGUGGAGAUCAACGUGCCCUCCCUCCCCUCCGUCGGGCAGGCAGACCGUCUGCACUGUGUGUUCCCCUCCUAUAUGAGUGAGGCUACCAUGGCCUCUGGCCAGGUCACCUGUGCCCUGCCCAACCCUGUCUCUUUACCAUCCACACCUGAACACCAGGAUUUUGUGGCGGUGCCCAUUAAGAUCUUUGUGAACGAGUCGGUGGAGCUUGCCACCAGGGAGUUCAAGUUCUACAACUGUUCAGCCACUGUGAGGAAAGCAGAAAACACACCGUGUAUGUCAUGUGUGGCCAGUCCAUGGGGCUGCCAGUGGAACACACAGGACCACACCUGCCAGGACGUGGAUGGUACUGUGUCGGGCCCUCAGAUCAUCAAACACAGACAGGGAGCGAGGUGUCCCCAGUUUGAAAACCCUGACCCUGUGCUCAUUCCUGUUGGGUUCAAAACCACCAUCAGCUUCGAGGGCAUCAAUCUGGAUGUGUACCAGGGCCGGACAUUCACCAUCGGCACGGAGCUGAUGAGGAGCUUGAAGGAGGACGUCAGAUCUGAAGACGGGCCCUUCUACAGUUUCAGCGGUUUUAAUUUUUCCUUCGACAAGUCACAGGAAACCAACGUUCUGUUCUACGUGAAGGACAAAGAGACGGGCAGGAAGAUAGACAGCACGCUGAAUGUGACCUUAUAUAACUGCUCACUGGGCCGGGAGGAUUGCAGCCUGUGUAAGAACGCUGCUCCUAAGUACAGUUGCGUGUGGUGCGCCAAGAGAAAGUCGUGCGUCUAUGAGAAGCUGUGUAUUGACCAGGCCACAGAGGACCCGCAGGACACCGAGUGCCCUGACCCACAGAUCGCUGACAUCAUCCCUCGCUACGGACCCGUGAAGGGGGGCAUCUCUGUCACCAUUAAGGGCUCCAAUCUGGGCAUCCACAAGGAGGACAUCAAGGCCGUCAGUGUGGUGGGGGUCCCCUGCAUACACCAGGAGGACCGAUACGCCGUCUCCACCAGUGUGGUGUGCGAGAUCGGCCCCUUGGACCCGCUGAGCACCAACUGGGGGCCGGUGGAGGUGGAGCUGGAGGGAGGGAAGAGAGGAACGUCCUCCGUUUUCUUCACAUACCGGGACCCCAUAGCCAGCUCGGUUCACCCCGACAAGGGCUCCAAGGCCGGGGGCAUGGUCAUCACCAUCUCUGGCUCCAACCUGGACACAGCCACCAGGGAGGACGUCAGCGUCACCGUCGGCGGGGUGGUGUGCACUGUGGAGACUUUCGGUGCGAACAUCACCUGCAGGAUGGGAGAGUACCGGGCAGACAAGGUCCCCUCUGACCUGCUCAUGGUCACGGUAAAGUAUGGGAAGAGCACCACCACGGCCGUCCCCACAGCCUUCCAGUUCUGGGAGAACCCCACUAUCCUGGACCACCACCCCAAGGGAAGCUUUGUGUGUGGUGGAAGGACCAUCGUGGUGACAGGAUCCGGGUUUGACCUCAUCCAGAACGCCAUUAUGAGGGUCCAGGCCUCGGCAGACGAGUGGUCCGGCAUGACUCCUACUGAGUACCUCCAGGAGGCUCUGAAUAAGAACGACACGGUUCUUCGGUUCCUGUCCCCUGCCGUCAACAGGUCCUCUGAGACCCAGGUGUUCAGGACCUUCAUCCAGCUGGACAACUGGGUGAGGGAGCUCAAGCCUUUCGACUACCACCCCAACCCUGCCUUCAACCCCCUCACCAAGAAGAUCAUCACUGAGACCUCCAUCAUCAUCGUCACUGGCCGAGGCUUCUCCAAGGCCAUGACAGCCAAGGAGGCCCAGGCGUUUGUGGGGGACAUCCCCUACUUUGUCAACACCCUACAAGAUGACAAGCUGUUCCUGGACCCCCCAUCCAGCCAGCCCCGGGCCCUCUCCAAACGUCACCGCAGACGCAGAGAAACCAGCUCCGACCCAUUGGACCUGCUUAUUAAGUUUGGGAAUGGAGAGUGGGUGGUGGGCUCUGUGCACUACGAGAGGAAGAACGAGGUAUCUCUCUUAAUCAUCCCUGCAGUCAUCGUCCCCAUGCUACUCAUCAUCCUCAUUUCUGUCUACUGCUACAGGAGGAAGAGCCAGCAGGCUGAGAGAGAGUAUGAGAAGGUGAAACACCAGCUGGAGAAUCUGGAGGAGAGUGUACGAGACCGCUGCAAGAAAGAGUUCACAGACCUGAUGAUAGAGAUGGAGGACCAUACCAACGACCUGAGCGAGGGGCGAAUCCCCUUCCUGGACUAUAAGACCUACACGGACCGCGUCUUCUUCCUGCCCUCCAAGGACGGGGCCAAUGAUGUGAUGAUCACGGGCAAGCUGGACAUCCCUGAGGCACGGAAGGCCAUCGUGGCCCAGGCCCUCAACCAGUUCUCCAACCUGCUCAACUCCAAGACCUUCCUCAUUAACUUCAUCAAGACUCUGGAGGGCCGUCCAGACUUCAACGCCCGGGCCAAGGUGUACUUUGCCUCCCUGCUGACGGUGGCUCUGCACGGGAAGCUGGAGUACUACACUGACAUCAUGAGGACCUUGCUGCUGGAGCUCAUGGGGAACUAUGUCGACAGCAAGAACCCCAAACUCAUGCUGCGCAGGUCGGAGACCGUUGUGGAGAGGAUGCUGUGUAAUUGGAUGUCCAUCUGUCUUUACCAGUUCCUCAAGGACUCUGCAGGGGAGCCCUUGUACAAACUGUUCCGAGCCAUCAAGCACCAGAUCGAGAAAGGUCCAGUAGACGCCAGAGUGAAGAAGGCCAAGUACACCCUGAACGACACGGGCCUGCUGGGAGACGACGUGGAGUACUGCGUUCUGACUCUGCAGGUGCUGGUGCACGGGGAGGGGCCAGACGUGACGCCCGUCAAGGUGUUGAAUUGCGACACGGUGUCCCAGGUGAAGGAGAAGAUCAUCGAGGCGGUGUACAGGAACCUGCCCUACUCUCAGAGACCCAAGGUGGACAGCGUCACUCUGGAGUGGCGCCCUGGCUCCACGGGGCAGAUCCUGUCAGACCUGGACCUGACGUCCCAGAAGGAGGGCAGAUGGAGGCGCAUCAACACGCUAGCCCACUACAACGUGCGAGACAACGCUACUCUAGUCCUGUCCCGGGUCCUUCACACUCAACAGAACUACGACCAGAACCAGGAUAACCAAGAGGAGAGAAACUCUUUGUUGGACGACGACAAGGUGUUCCACCUGGUUCGGCCUGAUGAGCUGGAUGAGAUGAAGUCUAAGAGGGGCAGCAUGAAGGACAAGUCCAUGACCAAAGCCAUCACUGAGAUCUAUCUCACACGACUGCUCUCUGUCAAGGGAACACUGCAGCAGUUUGUGGAUGACUUCUUCCGCAGCGUGUUGUGUUCCGGGGCGGUGGUGCCGCCCGCAAUCAAGUACUUCUUUGACUUCCUGGACGAGCAGGCGCUCAAACAUGACAACGUGGAUGAGGAGACCAUCCACAUCUGGAAGACCAACAGUUUGCCUCUGAGGUUCUGGGUGAACAUCCUGAAGAACCCUCACUUCAUCUUCGAUGUCCACGUGACGGAGGUGGUGGACGCGUCACUAUCCGUCAUUGCUCAAACCUUCAUGGAUGCCUGCACCAAGAGUGAGCACAAACUCAGCAGGGACUCUCCAAGUAACAAACUACUCUAUGCAAAGGAGAUCUCCACCUACAAGAAGAUGGUUGAUGAUUACUACAAGGGCAUCAGACAGAUGGUAUCAGUCAGCGACCAGGACAUGAACACUCAUCUGGCAGAGGUGUCUCGGACUCACACAGACAAACUCAACAUACAAGUGGCUCUGUAUCAGCUCUACCAGUACGCGAGCAAAUACUACGACGGGAUCAUCCAGUCCCUAGAUGAGGACCCAGCAGCCCAGAGUAAACAGCUCACCCUGCGGCUGCAGCAGAUAGCAGCCGCCCUGGAGAACAAAGUGACAGAUCUCUAACCUACUGGAGGGGCCAGGGAGAUGGAGAGAGAGAGAUGGGACCGUGCCUCCAGUGUCCACAGGGGUUUAUUUCUCCUGGCAAAGGAGAGAGGAACUGAGAAGAUGGCCUCACGGGGCCUUGAUGUUGAUGAUGACACCUUCAACCCAGCAGGCCCAGAAUGUGGGACAGUUCAGAGUCUGCGGAGUGGCGCAGUUUGGGACCAAUGAAGCAAAGAGAGAGAUAGAUGAGGAUGGGUUACACAUGCCGUCAUAGGUACGCCUUAACUUAAGUCCACUUGCGAAACUGAAAUAAGUGGUCCUCAUUGCUCACUCUGGCUGUUCCCACAAUGCAACAGGGGGCCAGCCGCCGGAAAUAAGCCCCUGUGUCGAUCACUCAUGGCACAAAGAGAUAAUCAGAUGUUCAAUUUAUUCCUGUCUAGAAAAGUUGUAAGAAUUGUAUUAUAUAUAUUUUUUAUUGUGAGGUCUUAAUGCGGAAAGCUUUACGAGGAGAUAUUAUCUUUUUAAAUGGACCGCCUUGUGGUGUGGAUUGUGUUUCUAUAGCCAGUGUGUGAAUGUGGGUUUGUGUGCGUGUGUGCGUGCACGGGAUGCCUACUGUCAGGCCACAGGGUGGAUGCCCUAUCUGUCAUUUUAAUCUCCACUAGUCACCGACACACAGGAACCUGUUCUCCCACUGAGCUCCUCUACACACACCAAAGGGUCAUGCCUGGGACAGGCUAACUGACUGGGACAGGAUAUUAGAAAUGACAGGCCGUCAAUAGUGAUUUUUUUUCAAAAUGAUCGGUUUUAUUUGUGUUUAGAAAAUGUGUUCACAUGCUUCAGAGCUCGAUCGAAUGUUGUGGCUGCCAAUACACCCGUAGGUCCUUACAUUCAGAGAUCAAUAGCGCAUCUGUUUCCCCUUGUAGGAGUACAUACUAACACAUUCCACUGAAACUUAAGCACUGUAUGUAUUAAAGGGUAAAAAAAAAUCUACUUUUGACAACCUUAGUUAGUUUUACCCUGCAGCCCCCCCCCCCCGAUUCUGUGCAAGCAAAAUAACAGAUAAUUGAAUAUAUUUUGAAUAAUUCCUCUAUGUAGCCAGUCAAGCAUACAUAUUUAAUAACAGCCGUGCAAUAACAUCCAAACUUUCAGACACAAGCAAUGGGGAUCAUUCAUAUCCCACUCAUGUGUGUUACUUAUACCAUUUGUUGUUAACCAUUUCAUCUUCAGUAACGAUGCAGCAAUACUUUAUUUAGGACACGAGUACAAAUAUGCAGAGGUGGGAAAUAGAAAUAGUAUGACAGGAGAUAUCAUACAGUAACCAACUUACUAAGUAAUAUGACCAUGAUGGUACAUGCUGCUAAUCGUGUUUUGUGUUUCCUUAUGCCGUUGUAUGCCAAAUUACCACUGUCAUAACAUCCCAUAAUGAGUUACGUUGUAAGCUUCAAACGGUACUAAAUAGAAUGGUACUCUUUUCAAUGAGUAAUGAUUUCUACAACAUGCAUUGGUAUGAUGUGUCACAAGUCAGGUUAAUUCAUGGUCAUAAUAAUUCAUUGCAAUACAAAUUGAUAUGGCAUUCAAGUAGGCCAUAGUUGAGCUGGUGCCUGAUUAUAAUUUGGAGAAUUUUUGCCAAGUCAAAUCAGUUACAUUUUCAAUUUUCAUCUUUCACGCGACCACAGAUUUGUAAUUUUCAAGCUCCCUGAAUUUGACCAUCAGUCAGUGCGUGGUCUCGUGUCAGAAUAGAUGUUUUAAGUUCCAGACCCCAGAAUGUUAGUGAUAUUCCUGCCUUUGGUAGAGUGAGGUUUGCACAGAGCCUGUGCCUGCCUGUCUCCACAGCAGCUAGCCUGGCACCCUGGCCAAGCCGCACUUGGCACUGCCCACUCAGCACAGAACGGAGUGGCACACUGCAUAAUGGCAUCAGUGGGGGAUGUUUCUGCUCUUUAAUUGCAUCCAGUCUGCAUCCUCCUCUGACGCUGUUGUUUACCACAGCAGAUUCCACUCCUGACCGAGUGAUGCAAAAGCUUUUUUCAAGCCUUUCUUUAACCAAAACGUGCCUUAUAUGAUGAUAAUAAUAUCAUUUGUAUUGUUUCAUUGGUGAUAUAACUAAGCGGUUAUAGUAAUAGAAGACACAGCAAUGUAUUUGAGAUUGUGAUAUGUAUGUGCUAUCAACUGCUACAGUUCUGCUGCAGGCAUUGCGUGCCAAUAGGCUGAAAACAUUUCAGUAUACUUUCUAUGGUUGCAGAUUUGAUGUGUGCAUUUAUUUGGGGUGUCAGUGGUGUGUGUGUGUGUGUUUUAGUAGGAUCAUGAUGGCUAUGGCAACAGCCCAAAUAAGUGUAAAGCAGUAGCCAACCCCAAACGGUUUCCACCUAAAAUGUCUGGCAUUCCUAAAUUAGUCUUUAAGACAAAGUUACAAAUGUAGAAUAUUGAGUACAGCACAAAUGGUUCCAAUGUUGUUUUUGCCCCGUGAUUCUAAGCUGUUCCUCUGUGUGUAUGAAAAACGACUAUCUAUACUCGACAAUUACCUUUCUUACUGCUGUGCAGUAAUUAUUUUAAUUUCUUGUUUCCUAUAACAUAUACCUUUGUAAAAAGACAACGUGUUGAAAUACCGUAUUCUAACUGUAUAAUCCUAUGCAUUAAGUCCCGGGGGGAGAAAAAAAAACAAAUUUGUUGUGCUGUUGUCGAGAUCUUUCCUUUCCUUGUGAACGUGCCGUGACUUAAGGAAAAUGGGACAGGAAAUUAGUGCAGGACCUUAAUGAAACCCAACAUUUUUCUCAUCCAAGGCAGCUCAGAAGACGUCGAUUAUGUUACCCGAUCUGUUUGCAACAGAUCACUCACUUCUCAAGAGGCUUGUGUGGAUUGGGGCAAUUACAUACAGGUUGCAUCAUCCACUCCUCCAUGAAUAAACUGAGACAUCCAUGUC